AUGGGUGGCCCUGAGAUCACCCAGGAGGGUCCUGGUGUCACCAAGGACCUGAUGGCAGCGCUGGCAGUGGCUGAGGUGCUGUGGGAAGCCAGUGGCCGCCCGGAAAAGGGAGCAGGGGGGUGCCCUGAAUGUGGGAAGAGCUUCAAUACUAGUGCUGGGUUGAGGUGUCACCAACUCAUCCACAGCAAGGAAAAACCCUUUCCUUGUCACCAGGGUGGGAAGAGCUUCAUGGGCAGCAAGAGCCUCAUCUGUCACCUCCAGAGCCAGAAGAGCUUCAGUCGCAGCUGCACCUUGUGGAAACAUCAGCAGCUCCACACGGGUGAAUGACCCUUUAGCUGCUCCCAGUGUCUGGGGUCCAUCAAGGAGGAGGAGGAGGAGGAGGAAUGGCAGCAGGAUGCUCCUGAGCAAGCAGAUGCCCUG